CGAAAGAGUUCAGGUUCUGCACGUUCAUGCGAUGUGAAGAGAUAGAUACACUUAUGAACUGAGUGGGGAUGUGUUGAGACAAGAUAGUCGUUAAAAGAGAGAAUGGACCUGGAUACUUGUGGUGCGGCUCCGGAAUUGGAUAAUCAGUGAUUAGUCAGCAUCUAGGCUUCAUAUUCCUGUGGUGGCCGCCGAGGAGACCGGAGUCACCGUCUACAGCGAUGAUCACCGAAGGGACCAAACGCAAAAAACCUCCGACUUUUGGACACCUUCCAUUCAAUAGAGCCAAAAAACUAAAGCAGUCAUGGGUUGAGAGCACGAAGAUAAAGUCUCAGUGGAAAGCCCAGAAAAAGCGGGAAGGUGCUCUUCAACGGAAACCCGAAGUGCCUUCCAAUGGCGACCCACCCCCUGCACAUCUGGAAAAAUCUGAUGGAAGUGACCCAGAACAAUCGCACUCCAAGGAUCAAGGAUCUCACUCUAGCAGUCAUCCCGAGUGCAAGCAGCGACAAGUUCCAAAUAACUCAGCUGAUGGCGGGAUUUCACUUCGAGAACUCAGCAAACAAGCUUACUCACGCGAUUCCCUUCACACGUACAAGGCAAAUACUAGAAGACAUGAUAUAAAACCUUCUCGUGGUACCAAUCCGCAGAGAGGCAGCACCAGGGGAGGGCGCGGUGCUUCCUUUGGAGAUCGGGGGCAUGGGAAGGGCCAACCCAACAUGAAGUAUCGGAUGACGGCCAUGCUCGAAAAAAUCAAGCGCGAUUUUACUUGAAUGAGAUACAAUACACCCCGUUUAUCGUGGUGCGUACCUUGACGUUGGGU